UUGCACCCGAGGGGUCUCUAUCGAGUCCCGUGCCCACUGGAACUUUAAAUCGCGCCGGAGGCAAAAGGAAAGUUACAUUCUACGAAGAGAGAGACAGGGUGGAAGAAGGAUGGAGCAGCUUCUAAACAUGGGCUUCUCACACGAACUGGCCACCCGAGCUUUAGAGGUCACAGGUGGAAAAUCCACCGUCAAAGCCACGGAGUGGAUUCUCAACCAGAAAUCAACUCCCACCCCUUCUUCACCUUCUUCUCCUUCUCCCAUCCAACCCAGACUCGACCGCUACUUCUUCAAUCCCAAACCCCAUCCCAACCAAAUCUCAACCGUCGAUCUCACCCCAUCUGACACCACCCACCGACCUUCUCCCGAAACCUCCCUCCCUCCUUCCAAGCGCCCAAAGCUCCAUCCCCUCCCCACACCCUUAUCAGAGCGGGCCCGUCCUCGCUCCAUCGACGACAUCGUCGGCCAGGAUCACCUCCUCUCCAUCAUCCGCUCAGCGCUCUCCUGCGAUCGCCUACCGUCCAUUGUCCUCUGGGGCCCACCAGGCACCGGUAAGACCUCCAUCGCUAGGGCCAUUUCCAAUUCAGCUCCUGCGUCGUACCGAUUCGUUUCUAUAUCUGCCGUCACCGCCGGGGUCAAAGACGUGCGGGAUGCCGUCGAUGAGGCCCGGCGGGCGAAGAAGCAGGGCGUGAAGACGGUGCUGUUCGUUGAUGAGGUCCAUCGAUUCAACAAGUCCCAGCAGGACUCGUUCCUGCCGGUGAUUGAAGACGGGAGCGUCGUCUUCAUGGGGGCAACGACGGAGAACCCGUCCUUCCACCUCAUCACGCCUCUGCUGUCCCGGUGCCGGGUGCUCAGCCUCAACAAGCUGCAGCCCCACCACAUAGUAAAGCUGCUUGAGCGGGCCGCGGCGGAUGCGGAGAGAGGGCUGGCUCGCAGCGUCCGGUGCAGCAGCAUCAGUGUUGAAGAAGAUGCUGUCAAUUUCCUCUCAUUGCACUGCGAUGGGGAUGCCCGUGUUGCAUUGAAUGCGUUGGAGAUUGCUGCGACUUCGGCGGCUGCGAGGAUGCCCAGUGGGAGUGAUGAAAAUGGGGUUGGUCUGAUGAGUGCUGCCACCGCGAUUGUCAGCGUAGAUGACGCCAAGGAGGCAAUGCAAUGCAAGCAUCUGGCGUAUGAUCGGGCGGGCGAGGAGCACUAUAAUCUGAUAAGCGCUCUCCACAAGUCAAUGCGUGGGAGCGAUGCCGAUGCGGCAAUCUACUGGUUAGCAAGGAUGUUGGAAGGAGGGGAAGAGCCACUCUACAUUGCCCGGCGGCUGAUACGAUUCGCGAGCGAGGAUGUCGGAUUGGCGGACCCUGCUGCUCUAGGCCAUGCGGUUGCAUGCUACCAAGCUUGCCAUUUCUUAGGCAUGCCGGAGUGCAAUGUGAACCUUGCACAGUGUGUUGCGUACUUGGCGUUGGCACCCAAGUCGGUCGCUGUUUACCGAGCGAUAGAGGCCGCCCAGAGGGCGGUGAAGGAAUCGAUCGGUCAGAAUGAAGGUGUCCCUCUGCAUUUGAGGAAUGCCCCGACGAAGCUGAUGAAGGAGAUUGGUUAUGGGAAGGGCUACAUAUACCCGCCUGAUCACCCAUCUUCUUCAUCAUCCCAGAAGUAUCUACCACCUUCACUGCAGGGUCACAAGUUUCUCGACUGGCCACCAUCAGCCCUGCACGAUGAAAAUCUGUCUUUCCCUUUCAGCCAACAGGGCUUGAGCUGAAAUUCUCAACUUGGGUUUGGUGUUUUUUGCUUUCUGCUCUAAUUUCAAAAAUGGAGGCCUUUAUUUUUUUUGGUGUGUUUUGAAGAGUCACUGAUGGAAAGAAAGAUUUCUGCUCUCGAACUAAGAAAAUUACCCAUGAUGUGUUUGUUCAGAAAUUUUCUUUGUGUGUAAUCUCUAUUAUACAAGCUUCGUCCUUUGUAUAAUUUGAACUGUAAUCAUUUAUCUAUGUUUUCUCACCAAAAAGAAAAGAGAAAAUAUUUCAUAUAA